AAAAAGAAAAAAAGACACCAAGAGUGCAAGUGGACGUCCCGAUUCUCCUGGAGCGUCUUGAAGCGGCUGUAAUUUUACCGUGGAGCCCCUGUUUUUGUUUGUUAAUUGGUGGUAAUCCCUAAAGACUGUUUUGGGAUUUUCCCUCUCCUCUUAAUAAUUGUAGUAAUAAUAAUAUUUUUUUUAAAAAUUGAGAGAAAAUGGCUCCCCCUCUUCCUCUGAACCCAACUUUCCUACCUCCAACCUACGGCGUGCUGAAGUCUCUGCUGGAAAACCCUCUUAAGCUACCGCUGCAUCAAGAAGACGCAUUUUGUAAAGAAAAAGACAAAGAAAAAAAGCUGGACGAUGACAACAGCAAUGCCACUGUGCCACAGUCAGCGUUCUUGGGUCCUACAUUAUGGGACAAAACACUUCCGUACGAUGGUGACACUUUCCAGUUGGAAUACAUGGACCUGGAAGAAUUUCUCUCGGAAAAUGGCAUUCCACCCAGCCCUGCUCAGCAUGACCACAGCCCACACCAACCAGCUAUCCAGCAAGCUACCUCAGCAGCACCUUCUGUCAUGGACCUCAGCAGCAGAGCAUCCACGUCGGUUCACUCGACCAUGGUCUCUCAAAACUGCAUGCAGACUCCAGUCAGGCCAGGUGCCAUCUUGUCCACAAGUCGUAACACACCAAGUCCCAUCGAUCCCGAAACUAUUCAGGUUCCCGUGGGGUAUGAACCAGACCCUGCCGAUCUUGCCCUUUCAAGCAUUCCUGGCCAGGAGAUAUUUGACCCUCGUAAACGCAAGUUCUCUGAGGAGGAGCUCAAGCCCCAGCCAAUGAUUAAGAAAGCCCGCAAAGUCUUCAUUCCAGAGGAUCUGAAGGAUGACAAAUACUGGGCAAGACGUCGAAAGAACAACAUGGCUGCCAAGCGUUCUAGGGAUGCCCGGAGGCUGAAGGAGAACCAGAUUGCCAUUCGCGCCUCAUUCCUGGAGAAGGAGAACUCGGCACUGCGCCAGGAGGUGGCAGAUUUACGGAAAGAGCUGGGCAAAUGCAAGAACGUGCUGGCCAAAUACGAAGCCCGGCAUGGCCCUCUGUAAAUGGCGUGGUCCCUUUCUGUCCCCUAUCCCCCCUUUUGUGGGUUGGCUUUUGAAUAUAUGGACAGUGUGUUUCCUGUUUGAUAGCACCACACCCAAACCAACCUUUCAGUCGUCAGCACUUUACCGGAAAAGCAGAAACAAAACCAAUGUACAACUUUGUUGUGUGUGUGUGUGUGUGUGUGUAUGUAUGUCUGUGUGUGCGUGCACAUCUCAGCAUGUCCUACUUUUUUUAAAAAAACCCUCUAUGCAGGGUGAUGUUUUUACUUGGACUGCUGAGACCUGCCAUAGUAAGCUUUUUAUUCUAUAUAAAACGAUUUUUCCUCAGUGUUGCUUCGAAUAGGUAUUUCCCCCCCCUCUUCUUUUCCUUUACCGCCUUCUUGAUUUAACUUGGAAAACAAACAAACAAGGAAUGCUGGCCGAAAUGGAAGAGAAACAAGGGAGGGCUAAAAGGUAGAUCGUUUUUCAAGCUGAUGUUUUAAGAUAGAGCUAAUCAGACAAAAAAAAAAUUAAGUUGCUAACAAAUAUGCACAGACAAUAUUCUAGUGCUAUACUGCGGAAAUAUUAAUUUAUAGACUGCUUCUUUUGUUUGUUUGUUUGUUUGUAUGUUUGUGUUUUUAAGGUUUUGGUUAAUGAGUAUCUUCAGAUUCACAAUCCCCAUUGCGGUCGCUAGUCCCCCUCCGGGUAGAUCUCAGAAGGAACUGUGAUGUUUCUUUUCAUCACCGUAAGACCCAAAUAGAUAGAUAGAGAACGGAGUGCAGUAUUUUGCACGGCCUGAACAUAAGCAAUAAUCCUACCGUACACUGGUGCAUGUCACUUACAAUGUGGCCAGUGGACAUAGGAUGACUCCCUUCCCUUAUAAUGUUUUAAUGGUGUUUUUUUUUUAAAAAAACACAGAAGUGAUACUCAUUGAUAGCCUGCUCUGAGGAGCAGCGAGGUAAAAAGCCUGUUCCAGAGACCCGUGCGGGUUGGUCUG